GUCUCUACUCAGAUAACCACAAGAAUCUUACGGAAUAUGAUAAACAAAAGAUUCGCGGUGCACACACUAUAAACAAGAAUCACAUGACUCACAUUAGUGGUAUCUUAGUAAAAAAUAACUUCACUUAAAUUUUAAAAUAAGAAUAUUUCAUAGCCCAAUAAAUUAAUGUUUUUGUCCUAAAAAUCUCCAAGUGUCGUCAAAAUGUAAUAACAGUUUUUAGUCUGUGUUGUUGGUUUGUCAUUUAAAUAGUGUUUUAAUGACAGACUAAAAACUGUUAAUACAUUUUGAUGACACUUGAAGAUUCUUAGGACAAAAAUAUCAAUUUGGGCUGUGAAGUGGCAUGUCGUUGGAGAUAAGAAGAAUCGAGAAUGUAUCUAUGGUUCAUGCACCAUGUGAACAUCAUAUGGUUGUUCCAUCUGAAGAAUUCAUCGAAUUUUUCAAAAUAGUCCUUGAGGGGGAAACCCUUUGGAACUCCUUCACUAUUGAUCGGUUCGUAGAAGCCAAUCACAAGCUUAGGAUGAGUCCCCCUGGACAACUUCAUCACCUUCCACCUCCUCCCUCGACUCAAGGAAUGUCGGCCCGGGCCCUCACCGCCCAGCGUAAAUUGCUUUCCAAGCCGAUGACUAAGGCUUGCGAGGAGAACAAGGCGUUCCUUGCGACCGCCAUUGACAAAAAGAUUAUAGCAGGACCUUGCUGGUUGACGAUGGUAGCGACGAGGCGGCCAGAUCCGUCGUUGCUUUCAGAUCGACACCCCGUCGUGAACGUCGUGAUGAUCGUUCACCUCGGAGGGCCCGAUCUCCUCAUCGUGAUUCUCCUCGUCCUCACCGAGAUGAUUUUAGCAACGAACCGCUCAAGAAUUUGAUCCGCAAGAAGAGAGACAGGUCAUCUCGCAGUGGUUCCUCUUCGCGGAGGGAGAAGUCAAGGGCCCGGACUGACCCUUCUCCUCGAUCGUCCCCUCCUACUGCACCAAUGGGUCCUCCUCCUCCUGUUGACAUGCCUUCCUCUUCCCAACAUAGUGGCGAGAAGACUGUUCGGAGCUCAUCUCCGAACAAGGGGGGUACUGAACCUCGAGAUGCUCCCCCGAAGUCGAAGGUUGUGCUCGUUCCUCAGAGCAAAUCGCUUGCAGGUUUGACAACGAUUCAUACACACUUAAAAAUUUUCAUUUCGUUUAGAUUCCAAAUUUUACGACUCUUCUUCUUCUCCACAGCUAUGGAGAAAGAGGGUAGCGUCUUCCGGUGCUUCAAGACCCGAUCUGGUGCGGUCUUGCCAGAUUUCGACAAGUGGCGCCCUGCAAUUCGUGAACGCUACUUACUUCAAGCUUAUCAUUCUUCUCGGGUUAGUUCCCUUUUAUUUUUCCGGUUUCACUAUCAUUCUUCGUACUGACUAACUAUCCUGGGUUUAUGCGAAAUAUCAGGCGAACAGCGAACUCAAUGAUAUGGUUGAACACUAUGAGAAGCUGUUACUCAGUCGAGGACAUGAGAUUGAUACGUGGAAGGGUAAGCUUUCUGCUCUUGAGGCCGACCUCCACUCCUCUUCCAACUCUAAGCACGAAUUGGAAGACCGAGUUGACAACCUCACGUCCGAACUCGCGAAGGUAAGAGGCGAACUGCAAGACCAGUAUGACCGGAGUAGCCAACUUCAGGACGAAUUUUCUGGGGUUCAAGGUAGACUAUAUGAAUCCGAAGCGACCGCUUAUUCCUUGAAUAACCAACUUGCCGAACUCGACGCGAAGUAUAAGGCGAUUAAGGCGAGAUCGGUACUUGAAUCGGAUAUCAAGGAGUACGAGAGCAACUUACUCUUGCUAGAACAAACUCAUGAAGAGGGUUUCUCUGAGGAGCAAGAGAGGUCCGAACUGACGGCCAGCUUAGCUGAAAAGCGAAGUCACCUUGCAGCUCUACAUGUUCCGGCCUUCAACCCUCAACAGUUCGAGGAGUUCUUCACUGAAUCUCCUCCUCUGAGUAAAUCAGGUUUGGAUUGGGCAGGUAAAUCCUUCUCUCGGAAUUCACCGUUUACAUGUUUUGUGUAUUUGGUUAAUCGAACUCACCUUUCACAGGUUCAAGCGAGCCGGAUGGUACUGUCCCACCUGAGGUUCCUGCUGUACCAGUGGUCACCUCGGAAGAUGAAGGUGCCGUAGGGAGUGAGCAAGGAACUUCUUCUGAGCAGGCCCCGACCAAGGAAUCGGAUGAAGCAUCCCUGUCUGGAAAUGAGCCCGAGGUGGCUGCUAACCCGUAGUGGCUGUGUCCACUUUGAAUUGGGGCUUGUCCCAUUUAUUUGAAAGACUUAACUUUAAUGUUUAGAUUUUUUUUCUCGCCUAUGUAGGCUUUAUUAUUAUUUUUUUUCUGAACAAGAUAUUGGCCU